AUGGACCAGAAACACCUUUAUGGAUUAUUUCACUACAACCCCACGAUGCUUGGACUUGAAUCACUUCCGGAUCCCACAGAUACCUGGGAAAUUAUAGAGACCAUUGGGAAAGGCACCUAUGGUAAGGUCUACAAGGUGACUAAUAAGAGAGAUGGUAGCCUGGCUGCAGUCAAAAUUCUGGACCCGAUCAGUGACAUGGAUGAAGAAAUUGAGGCUGAAUAUAACAUUUUGCAAUUUCUUCCUAAUCAUCCCAAUGUUGUAAAGUUUUGUGGGAUGUUUUACAAGGCGGAUCAGUGUGUGGGAGGACAGCUGUGGCUAGUCCUGGAGCUAUGCAAUGGAGGCUCUGUCACUGAGCUUGUCAAAGGUUUGCUCAUGUUUGGCCAGCGGCUGGAGGAAGCAAUGAUCUCCUACAUCUUGCAUGGUGCCCUCAUGGGCCUUCAGCAUUUGCACAACAACCGAAUCAUCCACCGUGAUGUCAAAGGGAAUAACAUUCUUCUGACAACAGAAGGAGGAGUUAAGCUCGUUGACUUUGGUGUCUCAGCCCAACUUACCAGUACACGUCUACGAAGAAACACGUCAGUUGGCACCCCAUUCUGGAUGGCUCCUGAGGUCAUCGCUUGUGAGCAGCAAUAUGACUCUUCCUAUGACGCUCGCUGUGACGUCUGGUCCUUGGGGAUCACAGCCAUUGAACUGGGGGAUGGAGACCCUCCCCUCUUUGAUAUGCAUCCUGUGAAAACACUCUUUAAGAUUCCAAGAAAUCCUCCACCUACUUUACUUCAUCCAGAAAAAUGGUGUGAGGAAUUCAACCACUUUAUUUCACAGUGUCUUAUUAAGGACUUUGAGAAGCGACCUUCCGUCACACAGCUACUCGACCACCCGUUUAUUAAAGGAGUGCCUGGAAAGGUUUUAGUACUGCAAAAACAACUGGCCAAGGUCCUCCAAGACCAGAAGCACUUAAACUCAGUGGUUAAAACCAGGCAUGAAAGGAUGCACACCAGAAGACCUUAUCAUGUGAAGGAUGCAGAAAAAUACUGCCUUGAGGAUGACUUGGUGAAUCUUGAGGUUCUGAAUGAGGAUACAAUUAUUCAUCAACUACAAAAGCGCUAUGUCGACUUGCUGAUUUACACCUAUGUUGGUGACAUAUUAAUAGCCUUAAACCCUUUUCAGAAUCUAAGCAUAUACUCUCCACAGUUUUCCAGGCUUUAUCAUGGGGUGAAACGAGCCUCAAAUCCCCCCCACAUAUUUGCAUCGGCAGAUGCUGCUUACCAGUGCAUGGUGACGUUCAGCAAAGACCAGUGCAUCGUCAUCAGUGGCGAAAGUGGUUCUGGGAAGACCGAGAGCGCCCACCUGAUUGUUCAGCAUUUGACUUUUUUGGGAAAGGCUGAUAAUCAAACCCUGAGAGAGAAAAUUCUACAAGUGAAUUCCCUAGUGGAAGCCUUUGGGAACGCAUGCACUGUCAUCAAUGACAACUCAAGCCGUUUUGGAAAAUACUUGGAAAUGAUGUUUACACCAACCGGAGCUGUGAUGGGAGCAAAAAUUUCUGAAUAUCUCCUUGAAAAAUCCAGAGUCAUAAAGCAGGCAGUGGGAGAGAAAAAUUUUCACAUAUUUUACUAUAUUUAUGCUGGUCUUUAUCAUCAAAAGAAACUUCCUGAUUUCAAGCUUCCUGAGGACAAGCCCCCUAGGUAUAUAGCGGAUGAAACUGGAAGGGUGAUACAUGACAUAACUUCCAAGGAUUCUUACCAAAGACAAUUUGAAGCAAUUCAGCAUUGCUUCAGGAUUAUAGGAUUCACUGACAAGGAAGUGCAUUCUGUGUACAGAAUUUUGGCUGGGAUUUUGAAUAUUGGAAACAUUGAAUUUGCUGCUAUUUCUUCUCAACAUCAAACUGAUAAAAGUGAAGUUCCCAAUGCUGAGGCUUUGAAAAAUGCUGCCUCUCUUCUCCGUAUUAGCCCUAAAGAGCUUCAGGAAGCCCUCACCUCUCACUGUGUAGUCACCAGGGGCGAAACCAUUGUCCGAGCCAACACUGUUGACAGGGCUGCAGACGUCCGGGACGCCAUGUCCAAAGCCCUAUAUGGGCGGCUCUUCAGCUGGAUUGUAAACCGCAUCAAUACACUCCUGCAGCCAGAAAAAAACAUAUGUAGCGCAGACAGUGGUAUGAAUGUGGGCAUCCUGGAUAUUUUUGGAUUCGAGAACUUCCAGAGGAAUUCAUUUGAGCAGCUCUGCAUAAACAUUGCCAACGAGCAAAUCCAAUACUACUUUAAUCAGCACGUUUUUGCUCUGGAGCAGGUGGAAUACCAGAACGAGGGUAUUGACGCUGCACUUGUGGAGUAUGAGGACAAUCGCCCUCUCUUGGACAUGUUCCUCCAGAAACCGCUGGGACUGCUGGCACUUCUGGAUGAGGAAAGUCAGUUUCCCCAAGCAACAGACCAGACCCUGGUUGAUAAAUUUGAAGAUAACCUAAGAAGCAAAUACUUCUGGAGGCCCAAAGGAGUGGAGCUGUGUUUUGGCAUUCGGCACUAUGCUGGAAAGGUAUUAUAUGAUGCCUCUGGGGUUCUUGAGAAGAACAGAGACACUCUCCCUGCUGAUGUGGUUGUGAUCCUGAGAACGUCAGAGAACAAGCUCCUUCAGCAGCUCUUCUCAAUCCCUUUGACCAAAACAGGUAACCUGGCCCAGACAAGAGCCAGGGUAUCAGCAGCCUCAAGGUCUUUGCCUCCACAUUUUGGUGCUGGACGAGCCAAGGUGGACACUCUGGAGGUGAUAAGGCAUCCAGAAGAAACUACCAACAUGAAGAGGCAAACCAUGGCUUCUUACUUCCGGUAUUCUCUGAUGGAUCUGCUCUCCAAAAUGGUCGUGGGACAGCCUCACUUUGUGCGCUGUAUUAAGCCCAAUGAUGACCGAGAAGCUCUGAAGUUCUCCCAGGAGAGAGUGCUAGCCCAGCUCCGCUCCACAGGGAUCCUGGAGACAGUCAGCAUUCGCCAACAGGGAUAUUCCCAUCGUAUUCCCUUUGAAGAGUUCGUGAAAAGGUAUUAUUACUUGGCAUUUAGAGCACAUCAAACACCUAUUGCUAACAAAGAGAGUUGUCUUGCUAUCUUAGAAAAGUCCAGAUUAGAUCACUGGGUGCUGGGGAAAACAAAGGUUUUCCUCAAGUACUACCAUGUUGAACAGUUAAAUUUGCUGUUGCGAGAAGUCAUAGGCAGAGUGGUGGUGCUGCAGGCAUAUACCAAGGGGUGGCUCGGAGCCCGAAGAUACAAGAGAGUCAGAGAGAAGAGGCAGAAGGGAGCCAUUACCAUCCAGUCUGCUUGGAGAGGAUAUGAUGCGCGGAGGAAAUUUAAGAAAAUAAGCAACAGAAGGAGUGAGUCUGCUGUUCAUAUUCAAGCAGGUCAUCCUUCAGACCAAAGCAGCAAUCCAAAUCCUAGUCCUGCCAGUGAUACCCAGGGAAGCAUUCCCUUUCAAGACUGCAAUCAGCUAAGUGACUGCAAAGAUCAGAGAGACCCUGUAGAUCACAACAGCAGUCCACAAGCCGAAUCCAACAAUGGCCAGGCAGAGACUUCUAGCACCUCUGCUGCUGUUACAGAGAAAAAUGGCCACUCUCAGCUCUCAGUUUCUGGGACUGAUCUGGUGACUUCUCAAACAUGCCACACUGCUCCAGUUCACCAAGGCCAGAAUCUCGGGGGGGACCCUCAAAAGCCUGGUUCAGAAAAUGGUCUUGCACAGAAGCAGCGAACACCUCGCCGACGAUGUCAACAACCCAAAAUGCUGAGUAGCCCUGAGGACACCAUGUACUAUAACCAGUUAAAUGGAACUCUAGAAUAUCAAGGGAGCAAGAGGAAGCCAAGAAAACUUGGUGAAAUCAAAGUGCUUGAUGGACAAGACGAAUAUUACAAGGCUUUGUCACCUGUGGACGCUCACCCUGAGGAAGACACCUCAGCCCAUCCUUUCCUUUUCUCCUCAGCCUCAAAAGGAGAAUCUUUUUCUCAGCACUGA